AUGGCUCGCUAUCUCGUCGCUAGUUUGCUCAUUCUCCUACUUGUGGCGUCUGUUGUUGACGCAGGUAACAGUAACGGCAAUGGAAAGUCUGAGACCAAGGUUGAGAGCAAGCCCGAGACCAAGGUUGAGAGCAAGCCUGAGACCAAGGUUGAAAGCAAGCCUGCGAGCAAGGUCGAGAGCAAGCCCGAGAGCAAGCCCGAGAGCAAGCCCGAGAGCAAGCCUGAGAGCAAGCCUGAGAGCAAGCCUGAGAGCAAGCCUGAGAGCAAGCCUGAGAGCAAGCCUGAGAGCAAGCCUGAGAGCAAGGAUGAGAGCAAGCCUGAGAGCAAGCCUGAGAGCAAGCCUGAGAGCAAGCCUGAGAGCAAGCCUGAGAGCAAGCCUGAGAGCAAGCCUGAGAGCAAGCCUGAGAGCAAGCCUGAGAGCAAGCCUGAGAGCAAGCCUGAGAGCAAGCCUGAGAGCAAGCCUGAGAGCAAGGAUGAGAGCAAGCCUGAGAGCAAGCCUGAGAGCAAGCCUGAGAGCAAGCCUGAGAGCAAGCCUGAGAGCAAGCCUGAGAGCAAGCCUGAGAGCAAGCCUGAGAGCAAGCCUGAGAGCAAGCCUGAGAGCAAGCCUGAGAGCAAGCCUGAGAGCAAGCCUGAGAGCAAGCCUGAGAGCAAGCCUGAGAGCAAGGAUGAGAGCAAGCCUGAGAGCAAGCCUGAGAGCAAGCCUGAGAGCAAGCCUGAGAGCAAGCCUGAGAGCAAGCCUGAGAGCAAGCCUGAGAGCAAGCCUGAGAGCAAGCCUGAGAGCAAGCCUGAGAGCAAGCCUGAGAGCAAGCCUGAGAGCAAGCCUGAGAGCAAGCCUGAGAGCAAGCCUGAGAGCAAGCCUGAGAGCAAGCCUGAGAGCAAGGAUGAGAGCAAGGAUGAGAAUCAUGGAAAGGGUGAGAGCAAUGGAAAGGGUGACGCGGAGGUUAAAAAACAGUCGUCGAAGAAAAGAGGGCACCUGUGCGUUGAUGGGUGCGACUACGAGAAGGGCUCCUUUGACUACUGGAAGAUUCCGGAGUACAAAGAUUGCAUGUCGAAGGCCACUAAGAACACCGCCCCCUGGUGCGCGUCUGGCGUGGUUAACGCCAAGGACUGCUGCGAUCGCUGCAAGAGCCCCGGCACCACCCUGGACGGCAAGCCCUAUGAAUGCAAAUACUGGGUGCACAUCCCAUCGUCGCCCAGCGAGGGCAAGUGCAACGGCAAGGAUUGCGGCAAGUGCCUUCUCCUGCCGAACCUCGAUUCCCUCACGCCCACUAAGAGCGACAAGAAGGGCUGCGGCGGAAAGAAGGUGCGCAUCGGCAGGAACUGCCCCGUCGCCAAUGACGACCCGCACUUUGUGGGCGCGCACAGCACGCGGUUCGACUUCAACGGGCUGCCCGAGAAGAACUUCUGCCUGUACACGGACCGCGCGGUCCACGUGAACAUGGGCAUGCGCGGGUACCUCGACUCGCGCUCCACGCAGAGCGCCGCCCUCGUCGUCAACGGCUCCGCCGUGCGCACCUGGAUCCGCCAGCUCGCCGUCAUGUGGACUGACGCCGACAGUGACAAUACCGUCUCCGCUAAGCCCGCCGCCCACUCGCUGGUGCUGACGGCGCGCGACGGCAAGGAGCAGCUCCGCGGCGACUCCGGCUUCCUCGCGUCCGCCGAGAUCGACGGCACGCCCCUCCCCCGCCUUACCCCGGGUGAGACUCGCAGCCUCGCGGGCGGCAAGUUGUCGCUUGAGUUCGUUGGGGAGGAGAAGACCGGACCGUACGACGUGGAUCACUACUAUCUGCGCCUCGACGGGCUUCUGGAGUUGGACCUGAAGUUGCGCCCCGCGCACCCUCUGUUGCAGACACCUGCCGACGCCCAGGUGCAUAUUAAUGUGAUGUUCACUGACGCGAGCGCGAGCAGCAGCGUGCACGGCGUGAUGGGGCAGACGUACCGCGAUGGCAGGGAGGCGCGCACGGUGGAGUUCUCUCGGCUCGCCGCGAUGCUGCACCACCCCGUGUCCGCCGAUGGCGCGGAGGGCAAGGGCUUCCUGGACGGGCAGGUGAAGGACUAUGAGACCAGCGCCGUCACCUCCACUGACUGCCGCUUCUCCGCCUUCAACGGUCAGGAACUGCCCCUGUCUGCUUAA